CAAUAGCACACAAAAAUGUAACUUCACCAAUGCGCAAAUAAAGUCAACCGUGCACUUCAGACUGUUCUGAACGCUAUCAGCUGAGUGCAUCGUUAAGUACGAAUGCAACUAGCUAUUGAUUAAAUAGCUGCCCCUGUUUAUUUAUAUAGUCUUGAUCUUUAUCUGCGUGUUUCGUUUCUCAAAACUCCUUAGCCGCGUAUAGAGGCCAAGAAGUUGUUUUGAUAUGGCUAUGGUGUAGUAUAGGGUGGGCUACUGCCCUGUCCUGCAUCAUUUUAGCUAAAUAUGUUGAACGUAAGCUACGCUAUUUAUGUAUCUAUCAGUGCGAAGCAUACUCCUCAGGUCGUGUGUGGAACAGUAAGGCCUGCACUUUCUUGUGUCUAAGCACAUUGGUCAGACGCAGUGCUGAAACGCCUUGGUUAACUUCAAGUGACCAUGAGUCGCUGAAUUUCGCAAUAUGUAUGUAAUGUAUGAUUAUGAAAGUCAGACAAGAAGUUCUUGAAGUUUCAUAGUAGUAGUGUAUUGUCGGGUGAAUUUCACGGUUAACGUUUCAUUGGUUUAGUAACGGUUUACGUUCAUAUUUUGGACAAUUUGACGCCAUAAACACGACCAAUGAGGUGAAUUUGAUCAACCAUUAUAAUGAGUAGCCUAGUCAUGUAUGCGAUGGGCGUGUUUUAAGGUACCUCUACAGAAAAUGCCUACCUCCUUGCUAUUGUAGCCCUACUCUCAUAUCUUACGCUACUGGUAGGGCGGAUUUGACUUUCCCAAGAGUGUAUUGCUGUACGCCGCCUGCGAGGACUUCAUGUAUUUGUAAGGUAAUGCUGUGCUCCGUUUCCAUUCGGUGCUGUGUUGCUGAGGUUGAAUCGUGAAUAUUCAACUCUGCCAUGACUCGUGCGCCUACUUCAACCCUACUUGUUUUCACUGGAGGGGACAAACGUUCAGCUGAAAAUUAAACCACUGAUUGCAUCUGCAGUGGAGCCAUGAGGUAGCUACACCAGCACACAGAAGAAUCACCUCCAAGCCAGUGUGGACUUGCAUACUCGUCUGUGUGUGUGUGCGUUUGACUUUUUAAGUGUGUAAGUGUGUGUGUGUGUGCGACUGGUAGUAGGGGGGCCUCUGGCUGUUGUGCCAGUUUCUCCUCACGGACGGGGUUGUCGGUGAUGGCGCCCUAUAAUGCCGUGCUGCUCCUUGUGCUGUCGCUGUGCUGUGUGUCGGCGUGGGGGGGCUACCCCUUCAGGCCCCCGACGGAGCUGGACGUCACCCCGCGGACCACCGUGUUUGCCAGCGGGCUCCUCGGGUGUGAGCGGUUCCAAGGCUCUGUGGUGAACUACAGCACCCUGCUGUUGGAGGAGAAGCAGGCGCCUGAGGGAGGCGAAGAGAGCGAAGGUGGAGGGGGAGUGCUGUACGUCGGAGCCAGGGGUGCUGUUUACGCCUUACCAGCCAGCAACAUAUCAGCUAGUCCUCCCCGCACAAUCACGUGGGACGCACCAGUUGAACAGAAGAAACAGUGCCUGGAUAAGGGCAGAGACAACAAAACCGAGUGCUUCAAUCACAUCCGGUUCCUGCAGCGCUUCAACAGCACACACCUGUACAUGUGUGGAACCCAUGCUUUUAAGCCCCUCUGCGCAUAUAUUGAUGCAGAGAAGUUCAGGAUUUCUUCAGGCUUCGAGGAGGGACGCGAGAAGUGUCCAUAUGACCCAGCUAAAGGCUACACUGGACUCCUCAUAGAUGAGCAAAUGUAUACAGCCUCUCAGUAUGAGUUCAGGAGCUCUCCUGACAUCAGGCGGAAUUCUCCCACCCCCACCAUCAAGACAGAGGAGGCCCCCACAAGAUGGCUCCUGGAAGCAGAUUUUGUGGGCUCGGCGUUGGUGCGCGAGAGUGUCAACAGCUCCGUGGGCGACGACGACAAGCUCUACUUCUUCUUCACAGAGAAGAGCCAGGAGCAGAGCGCCUUCAGCGGGCAGGGCCGCGUGGCCCGCGUGGCACGCAUCUGCAAGGGUGACCAUGGGGGCCAUCUGACACUGCAGAGGAAGUGGACGUCCUUCCUGAAGGCACGCCUCGUCUGUUCGCUGCCCGACUACCAGCUCCACUUUAACGUCCUGCGCAGCGUAUUCACCCUCAGUGGAGCCUCCGCACGCGACACACUCUUCUACGGGAUCUUUGGCCUGGAAUGGAAAAACGUGAAGGCGUCGGCCAUCUGCCAGUACUCCAUUGGGGACGUGUGGCAGGUUUUUGAGGGACCCUACAUGGAGAGCCAGGACUCCAGCUUCAAGUGGAGCGAGUACAUGGGCAAGACCCCCGAGCCACGGCCCGGAUCGUGCAUCACAGACCGGCUGCGGGCCAAGGGUAUGAACUCGUCCUUUGACCUGCCGGACGACGUGCUGCACUUUGUGCGCCGGCACCCACUCAUGUUCCAGCAGGUGCAGCCGCGGCUGCGCCGCCCCCUGCUGUUCAAGAGGAGCACGGACUACACCCAGCUGGCCGUGCACAGCCAGCCGGCGCUGGACGGCCGCGUGUACAACGUGCUCUUCAUCGGCACAGAUGAGGGCUGGCUGCACAGGACUGUGGAGAUAGGAGGUCGUCUGCACAUUAUUGAGGAGCUACAGCUCUUUGAGCAGGCCCAGCCUGUGGACAGGAUCAUCAUCUCUGGAGCUCAGAGGAGUGUGUAUGUGGGCUCUGCCUCAGAGGUGGUGCAGGUGCCCAUGUCCACCUGCGACAGGUAUGGCUCCUGCUAUGACUGUGUGUUCUCCAGGGACCCCUUCUGUGCCUGGGACGGGGAGGAGUGUGUGGAGGUCUCAUCUCACUCUGACAGGUCUAAUCUGACGCAGGACAUUCAGCAGGGGAACAGGGGCUGUGAGAAUGAGACAGCAGAUGUCUUACAGCGCAGUCGCUCGGUGAUGCAGGGUGACGACGUGCUGCUGCAGUGUGAGCUGAGCUCCAACGUGGCGUCGCCCGAGUGGACGCUGGACGGCGAGCGCCUGCAGGGCUACGGGCUGGACUCGGGCUUCCGCGUGGGCACCGACGGCCUGCUGCUGAUCGCCGUGCGGCCCGAACAGAGCGGCCGCUACAGCUGCUUCGCCCUGGAGAACGCCGUCCGCGUCCCCAUGGCCACCUACGACAUCGCCGUCCUCACGGAACGAGGCCCGGCACUCCCGCCGCCCGAGCCCACGCAGCCUGACGAGGACUUCACCAGCGCCUUCUCAACCAAGCCUCCUCACGCUCACACCUUUCAGGCCCCCAGCCAGAGCUCCACCACCGGGGCCCCGCGCGGCACCACCAACGUCCCGGUCGCCCCUCCUCUGCCCCCCCGUUCGGACUUCCUGUCUGUAAAGAACAUGGAGGCCAUGUACCUGUCCCUGGUGACCAUCCUCGGGGGCCUGUGCCUGGUGCUGACCGUGGUGCUGCUCUACGUGGGCUUCUGUGUGAGCAGCCGCCGGGGCAAGUACUCGCUGUCCACCGCCCAGCGCCACCGCGGCGCCCUGGAGCUCCGCACCGUCUCCUCGCACUGCAACGGCACGUGCCGACUAGGAGGGGGCGGCGUGCACACCGACGGCCUCCUCCAGAUCGUGCCCGGCGAGGCCUCGCCCAACAAGGACCACGCGCUUCCGCCGGCCCCGCCCUUGCCCCCGCCGCCCUUGCCGGAGGCGGACUUCGCCAACGGGCUAGCGGCGGCGCUGCCCAGCGUGUUGAGGAAGAUGAACGGGAACAGCUACGUGCUGCUGCGGCAGAGCGAGAGCGAAAGCAGCUCGCCGCUCUACUACUCCUUCACCGAGGAGCUCAACCGCAUCCUGGAGAAGAGGAAGCACACACAGCUGGUGUCCACGCCGGAUGAGAGCUCUGUCUAACCUAUCUGCCUGCUCACAGUGCCCCUCUGUGGUUGGAAGUCUGAACUGCAGCCACCCCCUGUGAAAGAAGUUGAAAAGUGGGAAUGCCGUGAAAAUUUCAAACCCCCCUUAACCCUGCAGCUAGAGGUCCUACACUGACUGAACUAAUUAAAUGUCACAUGCAAAUUUUUUGUGUCAAAACAUAAAUUGGCAUGAACGAACAACAUUCACCACACAAAUUGUGGGCUCAGAUGUGAACAACGCACUUCAGAGACUUCCGAAGGAGACCAACCUUCUGGAGUUUCUAUGGAGUAUCUACCUCAGCCGUUAGCAGCAACCUGGCCAUGUUCCUCUUCGUCCGUGAGGAAAAGUGAGACUGAGGGGGUCAGCAGGGUCACCAGAGGCUCAGCAGCAUACGGACUUAGGAGUACAAAAAGGCGUGAUCCUCAGAAACAGCCUCAAAGGCCAUGGCUGCGGACCGAGCAGAACUUUGUCCUUAGGGAGUGUUGGGGCGGCACCGGGACUUAGCCGAGGCUAGGGGAUGAAAGGAGGGCUUGGUUGAGAGACUCUGCCCCUGCUUUACUUAUCCGCUCUCCAAACAGAGGCAGCUGGCCAAAAAGACACGCAGGACGUGCUCCGUGUCUAAACCAGCCGUCUGCAAUACCAUGUCUUUGUUCUUUUUAAUGUCUUAUGAAAUGUGCUUUUUUUUUUUUUUUUUUUUGCUCUUGUAAUUUAUGAUAACACUAACCACACUGAUAGGAAGUAAGAUAAACUGACAACUAACAGUGUAAGAUCCACCUGAACUUGUCCAUUUUAAAAGCCUAUUAAGCAGACAGAGCCAUUGUACAUAAUGUCCUUGUCCUUGAAGUCUCAGCAACACGAGAGACUUGGAUGCUUACAGUAUUAAUCGUUUGGAUGCACUUUAAGAGUUCUGGCCUUGGGUUUCUCAACAGUCACUUGUCAGAAUUAAAAGGGACAGUUGGAGCGUGAAGUGACAUUUCUGAACACACGUUCACAACCGUUGCUGGAGUAUUAUUAUGGGAUGGAGCAGCAGCACAAACACUGAUCAGAACUGAGUGGGUGGAUUCAUUAUUCGUCCGAUGAAUGGAUUUGUACAGGAGCCACCAGACAUCAACGACUAGACUUAUAUCAGCGAGCCACUGGAUCACUUCGAGCUUGGCAUGUCAAGCUAGUAACAUGGAUUUAUAGGAUAGCUUCCAUAUGGGAGCAUUGUUGUUCACUCUGGGUAAUCUGCUACUAGAUCAGCAGACCACCUAGAUGGCCAGAGACUCUCUGCUUGAAGGGGAAAAGAAACACACACCCCCACCCCAUCUACACUUCCAUGAGAUCAGUCCUCCGCACGCACCCUCUCUUCCUCCAUCCCUCCCUCCCUCCCUCCCUUCCGUGGGGGGGGGGGGGAAUCAGUGGUGACUUGGUUUCCAUAACAACUGCAAGUAGCAGAGAUUUGAGGAGUCGGGGGCUUCAGAGACAUGGGGAGAGGAUGCUUGUGACCGUAGACCAGCUCGGGCUGCUUCUGUCCCGUCCUCGGCUUCCAUCACAGGCCACAGAGAGGUGCUCCAGCCAGCAUCAUGGAGCCGCCGUCACAGGGAUGAGAGGAUGCUCACGAACUGAAUGGACAUGUUUCAUGGACGUGGGAAUGAACAGUAUUUCAAAGGGACAUUGCAUAAUGCAUUACUGUUAUUAUUGUUGUUAUUCCACAUGCCACUACGCUAUGGUUCCUAUCCGCCAAUCAGGUUCUCAAUCUCGCCACUACUCUGUGGCUUAACUGUGGAUAUCAAGUGUUCUUUACAAAAGAAAAGUCAUUAUAUUUAUUCCAGAAUUCUUUUUUGUACGGUUUUAUUUGGGUUCUUACUUGAUGUUUGUUGUUUUAUAGUUGUGUAAAACAGUUAAACACUGAUUUGGUUGAUAGUUGAGUUGCAUGUCAGUCCUUUGUGCAUGCAUGUCUGUCAGUGAGUUCCCUGGGAUGGGACACCAGCACACGUCCAGAGGCAUCACGCUGAAGCGUUCUUUAGCCGUUAAAAUCAGUCCCUUUUAGAGCCAUUCAUUAUAUAGAAAUAACAAUACAACACAUUGCUAUUUUUAGCUUGCAUUUAUCAGAAUUCUGCAGAAUAUUUGAUUUAUGGAAGUCCACAGAACAUUGUUAAAAUCCCAUCCACUAGAUGGAUGACAAUACUCUGUGUGAGGUAUCCUCUGGUAAGAUUUAUGUUGUUCAUAUGAUGGCUGCUAGGUUUCAUCGUAGCUUAGAAUACUGCAGUGGGAUCUCCACUUCCCCUUACCACAUGUAAGCUCCCUCAAAAUGAAUACCAGGAGAGUUCUUGAUGGAUACCAAUAUACUGGCCAUAAUCCCCCAGUGAAAUCACCAGGGCCUGGACAUUAAUACUCAUUUCCUGAGAGGGUAGCUGUGGGAACAAAUGUUGCUCACCAACAGAGGGGAAGAGGAGAGAUGAGAAAGGAGGGGAGAGCAGAAGACAGGAGGAAAGGAGAUGAGGGAACAGAGGAUAAGAGUAAUUAGAAGCUUGGCCCACAAGGGAUCUGGGACCACAGGCUAUGCUCCCUAUCUCAUUUUCUCUAGGCAAGCCAGGGCGAGCACACUAAGGACAAAUAUAAUACAUGAUCCCCCUAUACACACACACACACACAUACACACACACACAUACACACACACACACAUACACACUUGUGUCUCCAUGCUCUGUUAACAUGUUAAUACACGAGGUAUGUCACUGUGGGUGCAGCGGGUGGGCGUGAUGACUUAUCUGUUUACACUGUAGUGGAGCGAAUCCAGCGGUCUAAUAAACACCUUCAACUUCAGCUUA